AUGGGAAAGAAGCCAAUAGAUUCGAAAAUGGACAGUAAUGUGUGCGUCUAUAGGGUAAAGUAUAACUUAGAGCUUGAACGACUGAAGAAAGCUGCACGUACGGGUAGUUGGGUUCGCGACACGAUCCAUAUUAAUUUUUACCACACACUAGUGGAAAGAGGAUUCACCGAAAUACUGCAUAAUUGA